UCCAACGGACCGAUAACAUGUCCUCCGGUCGAAGAAAGAGCUAGCCUGGAAAGCGAACUGUGAAAUCUUACUCACGAAGUUUAAAAGGCGGAAAUGUCGCUGCAGUCUAACACUCGUAUCGCUCAGUGUAACAGACAUCGUCGCUCCUGAAGUAGAUAAUUUGUUUAAAUGUUUAUUCUUAGGCAGGAAUGAGCGAUACUCAUCAAGGAAGUCGCCCAGCUGGCUAGUUAAAAAAAAAAAAAAAGUAGCUACCGAGACUGCUAGCUGUCGUUAGCAAGGGAGUUCUUUGUUUUGUUUUUCAGGUGUCAUCAUGAAGAGAAACUAUUGUUGACAUUUGCUUUGACGUGUGAGCAUGUUGGUGUUUUAAAAAUCAUGUACAUGCUUUUUCUUGUAGCAGGUAGUCGAACUGUAAAUUAAUAGUUUCUUACGGGCGAUUAAAAAAAAGAGAGAACACUAAAACAUUAGCUCAUCGAGAUCAAUCUGAGCAGCAAAAGGUUUUUUGGGGUUUUUUUAAAUUUCCCCCACCGGAAGAAAUGGGCAACUGUCUCAAGUCUCCGACAUCAGACGACAUUUCUCUGCUUCAUGAAUCCCAGUCAGACAGGGCGAGUUUCGGUGAUGGGACAGACCAGGACCUGGAGCCUCCUCCUCCAUAUCAGGAGCAGGCUCGCAUGCCCAUGUACCAUCCCACGCCUAGCCAGGCCCGUCUGGCCACCCAGCUGACCGAGGAGGAGCAGAUCCGCAUAGCUCAGCGCAUUGGUCUCAUCCAGCACCUCCCUAAGGGUGUUUAUGAUGGAGGGCAAGAUGGCUCGGAGAAAAAGAUCAGAGAAUGUGUGAUCUGUAUGCUGGACUUUGUAUACGGCGACCCCAUCCGAUUCCUUCCAUGUAUGCACAUCUACCACAUGGACUGUAUAGACGACUGGCUGAUGAGAUCCUUCACCUGCCCGUCCUGCAUGGAGCCUGUUGAUGCUGCCCUGCUUUCCACCUACGAGACCAACUGAUUUUUGGAUCCUUCCACUUGCUGGCUUCGAUCAAACAAGGCUCCAGCUCCCCCUUCCCCCAAAAAACACACACACAUAAGCCCAACCAAACAAACGCCCUCUUAUAGAGAGAGGAGCUUAAAAAUGUGUUGGCUGUUUUCUUGCACUUUUAAACAACCAAAACUUAGUCAGCUCAUAUUGGCUUUCCAACUCCUAGGUCUAAAUGAGCCAGUUUUAAAUGUAGUUACACAAACCCAGACAACUCUGCAUGACUGCAUUUGUGUGUGUUAGUUGUGCUGGAGCAGCGUCCAUUGUUGCUGCUCACGGUGAGCAUAAGGAUGUGUAUGUGAGCUGUUUGAUGACUGUGCAUUUCCACUUGAGCCGGUCUCAGUGGGUUUUUCUCCCCAACGGGCCUCAUUUCACGUCAUUAUCAGUUUGUCCUUGUUAUCAAACUGGAUAAUCAGGCUAACAGAUUAAUGACCGAAAUUUCACAAAGUGUUGCUACGAGAAAAAGUUUCAAUUAGAGGUAUCCCGUGGCAACAUUUCACAAAGUCCUCUUUGGCAUAUUGAUCACCUGCACGUGCUCUCUUCUUAAAAUGGCCCAACACUUUGGAGUUUCAGCGGUUGAUGUUUACACUAUGGGUGUCAGACAAUAAGCAUAACAUUGCUCUCUAGGUAGUAAA